CUUUGCCUCUCUAGCUGAAAGUGUCAGCUUCCCGCCGCUCAUCAAAGAAGAGCUUGGCCCGCCCUUGUUGAGCUCAGUCAGCUGUAUUUUUCUCGCUCUCCUGAUCCUCCAAGUCUGCAGCUCGUCCUCCGCUCGACUGACUUCUUUUUAACCUUCCAGCUCGGCCAGCAGAGCCAUUGUGCAGGCGAGAUGGACUACCAACAUGGCACGGCCACCACAACGGCGACCAAUACGCCGCGUCCGGGCACACCUGAUAGCGACCCGAUCGAGCGUGCACCACCGAGAAACCCAUUCGCUUCUCCAUAUGGCUCAAUGCCAGCAUCUGCCAUGGGCUCUUCGACUGGUUUCCAGUCCAGCGCUCCUCCUCGCUACUUCCACUCUCGCCGAAUCAACAAGGACGAGAUAGAGAAGCCUUGGCUGGAGAAGAAGGAUCCCAAGGAGAAAUGGAGCACGAUCAUUCCCAUCAUUGGCAUGGUCGUCGGCUUGGGACUGGUCGGCUUCCUCAUCUACGAAGGCAUGCAGACAGUGCAGAAUCACGUUUAUUGUCCCGUACUGGACGAGACUUUCUCGGGUGGUCUCAACCCAAGUGUGUGGACAAAGGAAGUGGAGGUUGGAGGAUUCGGUAACGGGCAAUUCGAAAUGACCACCAACACCGACGAGAAUGCUUUCCUCAAGGAUGGCAUGCUACAUAUCAAGCCCACGCUCCAAGAUGCAUCCCUUAUCGAAUCGAAUAAUGUCAUCGAUUAUCUGAAGAGCGGUGAAUGUUCCUCUGAUAUCUGGUCAAACUGCGUUGCGGUUACCAAUACCACAAACGGUACUAUCAUCAAUCCUGUCAAGUCGGCCCGUCUGAGCACAAAAGCCGGAGCAAAGAUUAGGUACGGGCGCGUCGAAGUAGUCGCGCAGAUUCCAGAGGGUGAUUGGCUCUGGCCAGCCAUCUGGAUGUUGCCGGUAAACAACACCUAUGGUCCAUGGCCCGCAUCCGGAGAGAUUGACAUUAUGGAAUCUCGAGGUAACAACUAUACCUACCCAAUGGGAGGAAACAACAUUGUGUCAUCCACACUUCAUUGGGGUCCCGAUCCCGGCAACGAUGCCUGGUGGCGCAACAACGUGAAGCGAAAAGCGCUGCACACAACUUACAGCUCUCAAUUCCACACCUACGGACUUGAGUGGAACGAGAAAUACAUUUUCAGCUACAUCGACACGCGCCUCUUGCAAGUCAUGUACGUCAAUUUCGAUAAGCCCUUCUGGCCAAAGGGUAACUUCCCUGCCUCCGAUCAGAACGGAACCCGACUUGUGGACCCGUGGAGCCAGACUGGCCAGGACAGUACGCCUUUCGAUCAAGAUUUCUACUUGAUCCUCAACGUUGCCGUGGGAGGCACGAAUGGUUGGUUCGAAGACGGCGUCAACGGCAAGCCAUGGGUUGAUGCUUCCGACACUGCGAAACGAGACUUCUGGAACGCCCGAUCACAAUGGCUGCCUACCUGGGAAAAGAAGGGAGAGAUGGUCAUCAAGAGCGUCAAGAUGUGGCAGCAACAAGGAUACAAUGGUUGCUAAAUAUGUUGUUCUUUCACUAUUUCGAAGAAGCAUAGGCAGGCAUGGCUGGCGUUAGCGUAAUAUCCCUCUUUUUGCGGAAAUUUCAUUUGAUUGUGUAAGAGCUCAACGAAGAUAUGAUUGAGAGAUAGAAAGGCAUAAAUUUUUCAUCAGAUACAAAUUCUACCGUCCUGCGAAUUCAGAC